AUGUUUUUAUUACGAAAAUUCGAUAUUCGUUUAUCCGAAAAAAAUUUCGAUGUUUCAACUAUAGUUGUAAAUAUCAAGUUUCUUGAAGCCCAUAGUAGACAAGCCGGCGUUUUUGCCUUGUGUUGGCUUAAGGAGACACCAAUAUUGAAAGGCCUUAGCUGGUAUGCAAAACCUGGUGAAACUGUAGCCUUUGUAGGAAAAAGCGGCUGUGGCAAGAGCACCAGCGUAAGUUGGAAAAGUUCCUUGAAGAUAAGCCUAUUAACCCGGCUCUACGACUGUGAUAAAGGCACAAUGACUCUCGAUGGUCGUGACAUUAGAUCACUCAAGUUGACACACUUAAGAAAGGUAAUAGGCAUUGUGCAACAAGAGCCUUGUCUCUUUAACGGCACUAUUCGUGAAAACAUUGUGCUUGGUCGAAAUAUCAGUGACGCAAAGGCAGAAGAAGCUGCACGCAUAGCCAAUGCACACGAUUUUAUCCUAAAGUUGGAGAAGGUAGUUUUAAAUGAUGUUUUCUGGAAGCAAAAAAAGGAACUUUCCGAAACAAUAUUACCUUUCCUCACUCUUGUUCGUGUAAAGCAAUUGAAGUGCAUACCCUAA